AUGUUCGCCAAACCCAGACCCAAAAAGAGCAUUCUGCCUCCGCCAUCCAAGAAGCGAAAGAUGACUUCUGCUGUCGAGGAGGUUAACUUCGACUUCGAGGCGCGACAGGAAUAUUUGACUGGUUUCCAUAAGCGCAAGCAACAGCGUAUCAAGAAUGCUCAAGAAGAGGCUGCCAAGAGGGCCCGCCAGGAGAAGCUAGAAUUGCGAAAACAGAUACGAGAAGAACGAAAGCGCGAUGUCGAAGAGCACGUCCAGACCGUAAACAGGUUAUUGCAGGAGUCGGCAGCUGCUGGAGCAGUUGAGCAGGAAUCUGACGAGGAAGACAGGGAGUGGGACGGUUUUCCUGAUCAGCCAGAGCUGGAUAUUGUUGAUCACGAAGAGGAGUACAUCGACGAAGAUCGUUAUACCACUGUCACGGUCGAAUCUGUUUCUGUGACAAGAGAUGGAUUACACAAACCCCAAGUCGACGACAAGGAUAAUGAGGAGGACAAAAAGGUUGAAGAACCGAAGGACGAUCAAAAAGUAAAGUCACGACGGGAACCCAAGAAAAAGAAGAAGAAGUUCCGAUACGAGACCAAGUUCGAGAGGCAGUUGACGGAUAAGAAGCAGAGAAUCAAGAAGGCAAAGAGGAGGGCAUGA